AUGACUUCAAGAAUAUACUCAGCUGAUGAGUUGGAAGUCUGUGAAGAAGUCGGUAGAGGAGGUUUUGGUGUGGUUUAUAGAGGUUUGAUAAAGACAACUAACGAAGAAGUUGCAAUUAAACAAAUUGAUUUAGAGAAUGAUCAGACCGACUUAUUUGAAAUAAAUAAAGAAAUUUCCAUCAUAAGUGAAUGUAGGUUGCCACAAAUAACCAAAUAUCUCGGAUGUUUUGUUAAGAAUUAUAAAUUAUGGGUAAUUAUGGAAUUUGUUAACGGUGGGUCAUUAUUUGAAAUCUUACAGCCAGGCCCAGUUACAGAUGAAAAGACCAUUUCUAUAAUUGCAAAGGAAAUUUUGUUGGCAUUGGACUAUUUGCAUAAUCAGGGGAAAAUCCAUAGAGAUUUGAAAUCCCAAAAUAUCUUAUUAGGAUCCAAAGGAGAGAUUAAGUUGACAGAUUUCGGAGUUUCAACUCAAUUAUCAUCGAAUUUUUCAAGAAGAAAUACUACCGUCGGGACUCCAUAUUGGAUGGCACCGGAAGUUAUCUUAAAUGAUAAUGGUGGACAUAAUAGUAAAGCAGAUAUUUGGUCCUUAGGAUGUUGCUUAUAUGAAUUAUUUAAUGGUAAACCACCUUUACAGAAUCAGUACCCACCAAUGAAAGCUUUAAGAUAUAUUUCCAAAUGUACUAAAGAUGAUGAUUUUGUUACCAUCAUUAAACUCAAUGAACUAGAGAUUUCAUCCAAUUUUAAAGAUUUCUUAAUUGAAUGUUUCAGAGUUGAUACUAGAAAAAGAUUAUCUGCCAAUAAAUUAUUGAAGCACAAAUUCAUCACCAAAAAUUCUGUUGAUUCUAAUGAACAAUCGAAACUUAUCAAAACUUUGAUUACCAAUAAGCAUUUAUGGGAUCAAGAGAAUCAUGUUUUGAAAAGCCAGAAAUUCUAUUUACCAACAGAAAUGGUUCAAAAUCAACAAAAAUGGAAUUUAGAUGAGAAAGAAGAGGAAAAUACUAUCAAAUUUGAUAUCUCCACAAUGAAUGAAUAUCCAAGUCCAAAAUCAACUACAAGAGAAUCAUCAAUCUCUCCUGAAACAACUUUAACAGAAAAAACUCCAAAGAAAAAGACAAAAAAAAUCAAUUAUCAAACAUUACAACAGCAUGACUCCAAACAGAAGAAUUUAUCUAAAACAUUAAAACCUGAAUUAUCCAAAAUUGUUAAUAAAGUCUUCCAUAAAUUAGACACUAAAAGUAGUUUAUCCACUGAACAAUAUGAUUUAUUAGUUUCAUUAAACCAAAAUUUCUUAGAUUUAUUAACAUUUUCCAAUACCACUGGUAACGACAAUCUGACUUCCAAACUUAUAAUUUGUCAAUAUUUGAAAUAUUUCAUGAAAGAGUUGAAUAAAAAUGAUAAUGAUUCAAGAUUAUUAUUGAAAAAAUUAAUACUCCCCAGUGAGAUGAAAAAUACUGAUACUAUCAAGAUCAAGUCAAAAGAAAUGGGACCAUUUGAUGAGAUUGAGAAUAGUUUAUUUGAAACAUGGAUUGAUGAAAUGAAACAUUUAAAAGGAUAG